CAUCGCGUCCAGUUGGUGUAGGUUUUUAAAAAUUUGUUUCUUUUGUCAUUCUAACAUGACAUUGUCACAUGUUUACGUGUGAAAUGCAAGAUUGAAAAAUUAACAUUUCCGUGCUGAGAUACUGUGAAAUAGAUAACUGCUCUAGCCACCACCCAUAGCAACAACUGCAAAGCUUUAUGUCGCGAAAAUAAAUAUGUCGAACUCCAAAGCCGUAUAUGAAGUCUUGUUACAAGAUCUUGUCGUCGAAGUUGAAUUGACCCUAUCAGCUAGGUGUUUGUUAAACAAAGAUGUACUGUCAAAGUCUGAUCCUAUGUGUGUGAUUUACACUCAGCUUUCAAAUAGCCAAACUUGGCAAGAACACGGGAGAACCGAAGUCAUCAAAAACACCUUGAACCCCGAAUUUGCUACUAAAUUUCUCAUCGGUUACCGCUUCGAAGAAUUCCAGAAGCUAAAAUUUAAGAUCUAUGAUAUUGAUGGCACCAGUGCUAUCUUGGAUAAUCACGAUUUUUUAGGAGAUACUGAAUGUUCCCUUGGCCAGAUUGUUUCGUCUGGAAAAUUUGUGACAGAACUUCACCAUCCCAAUUUUAAAGGAAAAGGACAAUUGUGCAUUCAAGCUGAAGAAAUUAGUGGUUCACCUAAAGAAGAGGUUGAAUUCCAGUUCAGUGCCCAGGAUCUGAAAUGUGGCUUCUUUAGCAAACCUGACCCAUUUUUAGUCGUCUAUAAGGAGAGCAACUUAAUCCACCGCACGACUUUUAUCAAGAACAAUCGUAAUCCGCAGUGGCCAAAGUUAACUAUUCCAAUGCGAUCGUUAUGCGAGAAAAAUGGCCAAGAUGCGAAACUUUUACUUCAGUCCUGGAACCAUAACAAGACUGGGAAACACAAACUAUUGGGCGAGGUCAACGUUACAAGACAGCACAUUUGUAAUGCUCCUCAAACGUUCAGCCUUAACAAAAAGGGAAAAGUCUCUGGAAAAAUUCAUGUAAAUGAAUCGGUCGUCAAACGAACAUACACUUUCCUUGACUACAUAAUGGGGGGUACUAAAUUGAAUUGUACAAUUGCUAUUGAUUUUACAGCUUCAAAUGGUAGCCCAAAUACUUUAGGAUCUCUUCAUUACAUGGGACCUUCUCCUACCCUCUAUGAGCAAGCGUUGCAGUCCGUCGUUUCAAUCAUUCAAGAUUACGACAGUGACAAACAGUUUCCUGUUUUAGGUUUCGGAGCAAAAUUACCGCCCAACGGUAUUCUUUCCCACGAAUUUUUCGUCAACUUGACUCCUAGCCCAUUUUGUGCUGGAGUAGAAGGUGUGAUUGAAGCAUACCGGAAAUGUUUACCGGCUAUUCAGUUCCAUGGCCCAACAAAUUUUGCUCCAGUCAUUAAUCACGUCGCACGUUUUUCUGCUAGUUACGCUAACGGUGAUCAGUAUUUCAUACUGCUUAUUUUGACCGACGGAGCUAUAUCGGAUAUGCACGACACCAAAGAGGCCAUUAUAGCUGCAAGUCAUCUGCCAGUUUCUAUUAUAAUAGUCGGAAUAGGAAAUGCAGAUUUUUCUUCCAUGAAUGAGCUUGACAGUGAUAAUGGAAAAUUGUCCUUAAAUGGGAAAUUUGCCAGUCGUGACAUCGUCCAGUUUGUUCCAUUUCGCGAUUUUUUAAAUCGAUCAGAUUCUCAAAAUGCGUCACAGGAAUUAGCUAAGGCUCUUCUCGCCGAAGUACCCGCACAACUUUUAGGUUUCAUGAAAUCUAAAAGUUUUACACCGAAAGGCGGAAGUAGUAAUUUAAUUUAAUAACUAUGCGUUUCUUUGGUGAAUGUUUCGAUUCAUUCAGAAAAGUUCAUUAUUUUGAUGAACAUUUCUCAGAUUUUAAAUUUUUUAUUUUAUUAAAUUUGUUGUCCGCCCUUUCUGAGUUUAUUUUUCCUCCAAAAUAUUUAUUAUGUAAUUCGCGUAGUUACUAGAUAAGUACUAUUUUCCGCAUGCCGUUCUCUGCUUCCUUUCAACGCUAUUUACUUGUAUUUGUUGCGAUUGUAUUUGUUCGAGACAAAGUUGCCUACCAGCAAUGCUGCUUUAUUCUUCUUCCAAACAUUUUCGAGGAAUCAAUAAAGAUCGCCCAAAAGUUUUAUUUAAAAAGCUUUGCCAGUGAGAAGGAAUUUUACUUUUA